CGCUGCGGAGCCGCGCGGAGGCGGAGGCGCAGGCACGGGUGCACUCAAGAUUCGGCUCCACCCGUAACCCACCGCCAUGGCCGAGGAAGGCAUUGCUGCUGGAGGUGUAAUGGACAUUAAUACUGCUCUGCAAGACGUGCUUAAGACCGCCCUCAUCCACGAUGGCCUAGCACGUGGAAUUCAUGAAGCUGCCAAAGCCUUAGACAAGCGCCAAGCCCAUAUCUGUGUGGUUGCGUCCAACUGUGAUGAGCCUAUGUAUGUCAAGUUGGUGGAGGCCCUUUGUGCUGAGCACCAAAUCAACCUGAUUAAGGUUGAUGACAACAAGAAACUAGGGGAAUGGGUAGGCCUCUAUAAAACUAACAGAGAGGGAAAACCCCGUAAAGUGGUUGGCUGCAGCUGUGUGGUGGUUAAGGACUAUGGCAAGGAGUCUCAGGCCAAGGAUGUCAUCGAGGAGUACUUCAAAUGCAAGAAAUGAUCAAAUAAAAAAAACUGGGCUCUUGUU